AUGGUAAAGGAAAUAGUAAAAAAUAAGAUUUUAGAAAUGUCUGGAAACAGCAACAGAUCGGACGUCUCCUUUCUCCUGGAUUAUAAUCUAGAUGGAGGCAAGGAGCUGAGAUACAAAGCGUACAUCCAUGUUCUAAAAGAGCUAAAAGGUGAGAUGUGUGAAAAGAAUCUUAUCGCAGGAUAUUCUAUAGAAUUGCUACAAGCAGCAUUGUUGAUUGUCGAUGACCUAAUGGACAAUUCUGAAAUAAGAAGGGGUAGGCCGUGCUAUUAUCUUAAAAGAGGAGCCAAGACACUCAAAGAUGCUUUUUUUCUUCUAGCAGCUAUAAGAAACCUGCUGGACGAAAAAGCAAGGAGUGCCUAUUCAGGCCCAGUAUUAAAAACCUGUCUUGGACAAACACACGAUACAAUCAGAAAAACGAGGUCAGAGUACAAUAUUGAGACAUAUACGGCCAUAGCGGAGAGCAAAACAGGCGCGUAUACUUUCUACCUACCCACGAUUCUUGGAUAUGUAUCUGCCAGAAAGAAAGAGCCUAGCCGCCUUUGGGACUUUUGCAAUCUUGGAGCCUUGAUCUUCCAGAUGCAAGAUGAUUAUCUGAACUUCCUUCCAGAAAAGUCUGCGAAGUCGAUGAAUGAUCUUGAGGAGAUGAAGUGCACCUGGUUUACCUCAAAGAUAUCACACAUGGAAGGUCCUUCUAUUGAAAAGUACUUUUCAGAGGGGGUGGUGUCUCCGGAUCUGGUUAGUAUCGUCAAAGGUCUCUUUAAAGAGUAUUUCCUUAAUCUUGACGAGUUAUUGGAUAAGCUUAUUUCCAUGACCAACGAAGAUGAGAAGACAGUGCUAGAUGUCUUCAUUUCCUUUCUUGAGUCAAGAAGAAACUUUUGA